GGGGCGUAGAGGGGUCGGGGCAAGCCAGAUCCUUGAACAGGUGGGGAUACAGGAAGACGUUGGAAUGUAGAGAAGGGGCUAGUUAAGACGGAAAUGACGGGGAGGGCCAAGAUGCAGGUAUGGCAGGUAUCCUGGGGACAGUUGAGUGUUGAGUGCCCUAAAGACUUAUUUGCUGGGGUGUGGGCAGCGAGAAGCUGCCUGGACGCAGCGGGUAGGCUGGGGUAGCCGCCAGCAGUACACCAAGGCUUUGAGAAGGGGACAUGUGUGAGCCUGGAUGCUUUCCCAAAAAACUGAGGACAGGUGGGGGGAUGAUGAAAGAGCCGCCCCGGGAUGCAGUUCCCAAUUUGGACCCCUCCCCGACACCCCACCCUACAGAACCCCCCAACUUAGGGCUGCCUCGCAGCCUGUGGUUGUCAUGGCAACCCGUGCCCGUCUCUCCCAGGGGCGGUGCCAACCCUACUCCCCCCCACCACUUCCUUCCCCCUCCCUCCCUGUCCCUCCCUCCUUUGUGUCAGCUGCGCCCCUGACCGGGAUGGCUGCGAAGAGAGGGACCAAGACAAGCAUGAAGAACAUGGAGAAGGAACUGCUGUGCCCAGUGUGUCAAGAGAUGUACAAACAGCCACUAGUGCUGCCUUGCACCCACAACGUGUGCCAGGCCUGCGCCCGGGAGGUGUUGGGCCAGCAGGGGUACAUAGGCCACGGUGGGGACCCCAGUUCGGAGCCCACUUCUCCUGCUUCCACCCCUUCUACCCGCAGCCCCCGCCUCUCCCGGAGAACUCUCCCCAAGCCAGAUCGCUUGGACCGGCUCCUUAAGUCAGGCUUUGGGACAUAUCCCGGGCGCAAGCGAGGUGCCUUGCACCCCCAGACGAUCAUAUUCCCAUGCCCAGCCUGCCAGGGAGAUGUGGAGCUGGGGGAGCGGGGCCUUUCUGGGCUUUUCCGGAACCUGACCCUAGAGCGCGUGGUGGAGCGGUACCGGCAGAGUGUGAGUGUGGGAGGCGCCAUCCUGUGCCAGUUGUGCAAGCCCCCACCACUAGAGGCCACUAAGGGCUGCACAGAGUGUCGAGCUACUUUCUGCAAUGAAUGCUUCAAGCUCUUCCACCCCUGGGGUACUCAGAAGGCCCAGCAUGAGCCCACCCUGCCUACCCUCUCCUUCCGCCCCAAGGGUCUGAUGUGCCCAGACCACAAGGAAGAGGUGACCCACUACUGUAAGACGUGUCAACGGCUGGUGUGCCAACUCUGCAGGGUGCGGCGCACCCACAGUGGGCACAAGAUCACACCAGUGCUCAGUGCCUACCAGGCCCUCAAGGAUAAGCUGACAAAGAGCCUGACAUACAUCUUGGGAAACCAGGACACAGUACAGACCCAGAUUUGUGAGCUAGAAGAAACUAUCAGGCACACUGAGGUGAGUGGUCAGCAGGCGAAGGAAGAGGUGUCACAGCUUGUUCGAGGGCUAGGGGCUGUGCUGGAAGAGAAGCGGGCCUCACUGCUUCAGGCCAUUGAGGAGUGCCAGCAGGAGCGAUUGGCCCGGCUCAGCGCCCAGAUCCAGGAGCACCGAAGCCUGCUGGAUGGCUCGGGUCUGGUGGGUUAUGCCCAGGAAGUUCUUAAGGAAACAGACCAGCCGUGUUUUGUGCAAGCAGCCAAGCAGCUGCACAACAGGAUUGCCCGAGCCACUGAAGCCCUCCAGACAUUCGGGCCAGCUGCCAGCUCCUCUUUCCGCCAUUGCCAGCUGGAUGUGGGGCGUGAAAUGAAGCUGCUAACAGAGCUUAACUUCCUGAGAGGCUGUGGCCACCGCGGACUCUGCUCCGGAGCACCCCAGGCAAUGCCCGAGGCGCCUGUUAUUGACACCCAGCGUACCUUUGCAUAUGAUCAAAUCUUCCUAUGCUGGCGGCUGCCCCCACACUCACCACCUGCCUGGCACUACACUGUUGAGUUUCGGCGCACAGAUGUACCUGCCCAGCCAGGUCCUACACGCUGGCAACGGCGGGAGGAGGUGAGGGGCACCAGCGCCCUUCUUGAGAAUCCUGACACGGGCUCUGUGUAUGUGCUGCGUGUCCGUGGUUGCAACAAAGCUGGCUAUGGGGAGUAUAGUGAAGAUGUGCACCUGCACACGCCCCCAGCACCUGUCCUGCACUUCUUCCUUGAUGGCCGCUGGGGCGCAAGCCGAGAGCGGCUGGCCAUCAGCAAGGACCAGCGAGCGGUUCGGAGUAUUCCAGGGCUUCCCCUGCUGCUGGCUGCUGAGAGACUGCUCACAGGCUGCCAUCUGAGCGUGGACGUGGUCCUGGGUGAUGUGGCUGUGACCCAGGGCCGUAGCUACUGGGCCUGUGCUGUAGACCCUGCCUCCUACUUGGUCAAGGUGGGCGUUGGGCUGGAGAGCAAGCUUCAGGAAAGCUUCCAAGGUGCUCCGGAUGUGAUCAGCCCCAGGUAUGACCCAGACAGCGGGCAUGACAGCGGUGCUGAGGAUGCCACAGUGGAGGCGUUGCCACCCUUUGCUUUCCUAACCAUUGGCAUGGGCAAGAUCCUGCUGGGUUCCGGAGCGAGCUCAAAUGCAGGACUGACAGGGAGGGAUGGCCCAGCAGCCAGCUGCACAGUGCCCUUGCCACCCCGCCUGGGCAUCUGCUUGGACUACGAGCGGGGCCGGGUUUCCUUCCUGGAUGCUGUGUCCUUCCGUGGGCUCCUGGAGUGCCCCCUGGACUGCUCAGGGCCUGUGUGCCCUGCCUUCUGCUUCAUUGGAGGUGGGGCAGUACAGCUGCAGGAGCCUGUGGGCACCAAGCCUGAGAGGAAAGUCACCAUUGGGGGCUUUGCCAAGCUGGACUGAGCCCUUCAGGCCCCUCUUCCAGACCUAAGCCCUACCCUACCCCCACAGCCGCCUGGCAGAGGGUUGUUUACCCUGCAGCUUCUCCCACAAACUUCCUCCCGUGUGGUCCUGCUCCUUACCUUUUCCAGCUGUGUCUUCCCAGGGCUUCCUUUGACCAAGGGGCUCUCCUCUGCUCACCUCUGGAUGUCCUCCACUCUCUCUUUUGACUAUUGGCCAGACCCCUAUGCCCACCAAGUUUCUGUCCCAUACCCUGCCCUUGGUAUCUGAACUAAGGCAUAGAGAGAACUCCAAUCCCAUCCUUGUCCUGUGCCCCCAAGGCUUAUUGGGAUGGAGGGCACUUGGAACAGUGGGCGUGAUUGCCAGCUCUGCCCUUUGACUUGCCAAGCUCACUGUCCCAUUAAUGCUGAAUGAAUGCCUCAGCAACUAGGCUUUGGGCCUCCCUAGUGAGAGGGAGGAGAAUCUAACCUCUUCAUUAUUUGGGUCCCCAUACCCCACAGCAGCAUGUCCCUUAUGCCCCUCUUCUCCUGCAUGCUUUACCUGUCCUGCACCUGUGCCAAUGUGCCAAGUCUCCCUUGGGAACCCAGCCGAGGCUGGUGUCCCCAACUGGGUUGGGCCAGGCAAGGCCUCUGCUGCCUUCUGCUGCUUUCUUGCAGUGGGCAUUGCUAGGCCUGUGCCAAGCAACAGCUGUAAUUUUCAUGGUUUAUAAACAAUAAACUGUGACACCAGGCAUAUUUCUGCCU